GCUCCUUUCCCUUUUAUGUGGCGUCCUGGUGUCGGGCAUCUCUUGUCAGCGUAAGCUUAGCAUGGGGCCAGCGAGGGUCCUGGUGAGUCUGGAGGACCAGGCGAGGGGAUGCGCGGAGCGCCGGGACUGCUCAGGCAGAGGUUGCAGCUGGGUGUGGUGCUACUGACUCGCCUACAUUCUAUGCGGCAGUGACAUGUUUCCGGCGUUGGAAACAGAGCUAAAGCAGGAGACUCUUCCUGAUCCCUAUGAGGAUUUUAUGUGCCAUCACCUCCAGUAUUAUGGAUACUUUAAAGCUCAGAAAAGCAAUCUACCAAACUCUGCUACCCAUCAGCGUGUUUGGAAGACGAGCCCUCGGUACAAGUUGAAUGGCUCUUUUGGAGAAAGAGAUGAUUUCAUCUCGGACACACUGGAAAAAGAGGCGUUUCUAUGGCCUACCUGUUUAUCUUCAACUGGGCAUGCUCAGAUAGACACUGGAACCAGAGAUUCCCUUAUGCUGAGCUCCCCACUUGUGAGGAGCAGGCAGCUUCUUUACAAUGACCUGGAUGAAGUAAAGCCACGCCUUCGAGAACCCCGAGAGCUCUUUUCGUUCAUCUCUAGCCGAGGGCCCCUGCAGCUUCCAAGAUGGCCAGUGGAGUGUGAGGUCAUCAAGGAAAACAUUCACCACAUUGAGUGGGUUCCACCUGAGCCGGAGUAUUUCUACCAGCCUACGGGGCAUGAAAGGCUACCAGAGGUUGUGGGAGAAGAGCGAGGCACAGUUGUCUACCAGCUGGAUUCAGUGCCCACAGAAGGUACCUAUUUCACAAAUUCCAGAGUAGGAGGCAAACGAGGAGUUAUCAAGGAACUUGCUGUUCCGUUACAAGGGCCGGAAGAUAGUACCCUGCUGUUUGAGUCCCGGUUUGAGAGUGGGAAUCUGCAGAAAGCUGUCAGAGUAGGCAUCUUUGAGUAUGAGCUCACGCUGCGAACUGACCUCUACACAGACAAACACACUCAGUGGUUUUACUUUAGAGUUCAGAACACCAGAAAGGACAUCACCUAUCGCUUCACUAUCGUCAACUUGCUGAAACCCAAGAGCCUUUAUGCAGAAGGGAUGAAACCUCUUAUGUACUCUCAGUUGGAUGCCGCCACCUACAACAUUGGCUGGAGGAGAGAAGGACGUGAAAUCAAGUACUAUAAGAACAACAUGGAUGACAGGCAGCAGCCGUUAUACUGUCUCACCUGGACCGUUCAGUUUCCUCAUGACCAGGACACUUGCUUCUUUGCACACUUUUACCCAUACACUUAUACUGACCUGCAGUACUAUCUCUUGUCAGUAGCUAACAACCCCAUCCAGUCUCAGUUCUGCAAGCUCCGGGCUUUAUGCAGGAGCCUAGCAGGGAAUACUGUCUACUUGCUUACCGUCACCAAUCCGUCCAGGGACCCUCAAGCGGCAGCUGCAAAGAGAGCUGUGGUGCUGAGCGCCAGAGUUCACCCUGGGGAAAGCAACAGCUCCUGGAUCAUGAGAGGCUUUUUGGACUUCAUCCUUAGCAACAGCCCAGACGCCCAGCUGCUCAGGGACAUCUUUGUCUUCAAAGUGAUUCCCAUGUUAAAUCCAGAUGGCGUGAUUGUGGGGAAUUACCGGUGCUCCUUAGCUGGAAGGGACCUGAACAGGCAUUAUAAGACUGUUCUUAAGGAUUCUUUCCCUUGCAUUUGGCACACCAAGACCAUGAUCAAAAGACUUCUGGAGGAAAGAGAGGUUCUCUUGUAUUGUGAUUUCCAUGGGCACAGCCGCAAGAACAAUAUCUUCCUGUAUGGCUGUAACAGCAACAGCCGCAAGCACUGGCUCCACGAGCGAGUCUUCCCUUUAAUGUUGAGCAAGAAUGCACCAGAUAAGUUCUCUUUCGACAGCUGUAACUUUAAGGUGCAAAAAUGCAAAGAAGGAACAGGAAGAGUCGUCAUGUGGCGGAUGGGCAUCACCAACAGCUACACCAUAGAGUCCACCUUUGGCGGGUCCACCCUGGGCAGUAAAAGAGACACUCACUUCACUAUUGAGGACCUGAAGUCCCUAGGCUAUCAUGUCUGUGACACGCUUCUGGAUUUCUGUGAUCCUGACCAAACCAAGUACAUGCAUUGUCUACAAGAGCUUAAGGAUCUCUUACAACAAGAAAUCUACAAAAAGUUCAAUAACUUUGGACAAGAUAUGGAUUUAGAAGUAAACUGGAGUGAUAUUCCUUUGUCUGACAUUGAAUCCAGCACGAGUGGUUCCGACAGCUCCCUCUCGGAUGGUCUUCCUGUUCAUCUAGUAGGCAUAGCAGAUGAGCUGAAUCAGAAGAUGGUGUUAAAGAAACCAAAAAAGAAGAGACUGCAGACUAGAAAACAGCGAAAUGAGCAGUACCAAAAAAGUUAUUUGAUGCGGGAGUUAAAGUUAACAGAAGAUGCCCCAGGAAGGCCAAGAUUUGCUUCUACUCUGCACAAGAAAUCUACUUUUUUGAAAAGUCCACAGAAUUCUAGUUCUUCAAUAAUGAGAAGUGAAAAGCCAAGGCUCAAUGAGACACAGUUAAGUGGAAGAAACAAAGACACAUCCCUGGAUCCAACACUGAGCAGCCUGGUUCUACCUAAGAGUAAAGAAAAAAUUCAGAGCAAGAAGCCAGGCUUCCCGGCAUCAUGCUCUCCAAAGAGAAGCACAAACUCCAGCCUAGGGCCAGCUCCAGAUGUGAAACAAAACUGGUCUAAGACUAGAUGCCCUGCCACAAGGAAGGACCAUGCCACUCUGGUGGCACAGCCAUCCUUGCACAUAUACUCAUUCCCAUAGGUGUGCUUUUGCUGUGACACACAGGUGUUUCCUCCCAAGGUUCUGGGGAAGCUUAUUGGUUUGGUUCAGUUUUGUAUGCAAUGCUGGGCACCAAAUCUAUGGCACUGAGCACACUGGGCAAGCGCUUUACUGUUGAGCUCUGUCUCAAGCUCUCUUGAAAAGGUUGUGGACUGGACUUUCUAAGGUGGAAAUCUGUGACUGGAAUGGAAACUGUUUAUGAUGUAGCGUGUCGUACACUCCCCACACACCGACUUGGACUCUGUACUUUCUUCCACUCUGCACAUAUUCUCAGAUGCACACCUCAUGAAUUCAGCAAUUUUUCCCUAAAAUGACAUUACAUUUUGAUGUAUAGAAAAGCCUUUAUUGAAAGCUGAAACAUGUAUUUCAGCAGAGUAUACCUCAUUUUAACCAAUCUAAAGUUAGAUACAAAUCAGUUUUUAAAAGAUCAAACCAUUUUAAACAUGUCUUGGGAAUGUGCCAUGUGAAAAAGUCCUGUGCCAAAGUUUCCAAAUGGUGAAUUGCCAGUCAGAUUGUGGUGUGACAGGUUUGCUCAAAGGGAGAUAUUCUUACAUAGAAAAAACAGUUACAUGUGAAUUUCAUGUUCCAUAUAUUAUGUUCA